AUGACGCAUACGUCCGAGAUUGAGAGAAGGAGGAUUGUGGAUAACAUGGAGGAGCGGAUAGGGAAUGUCGCCAGCAAAGAGUACCCGGGAAUCUACCCUGGGGAGGAUCACUCAUGGAACCUCGAAAAGUUCCAAGCCGGCCUCCGACUAGAAACCCAACGCCUGACCCCCUCCAGCAUCGAAUUCGACCUCAUCGGCGUCGACGCAUCCAUCGCCAACUCUCUCCGUCGUACGCUCAUCGCCGAGGUGCCUACGAUCGCCAUCGAGUCGGUAUACGUGUACAACAACACGUCGAUCAUGCAGGACGAGGUGUUGGCCCAUCGAUUGGGGUUGCUCCCGAUCAAGUUUGAUCCGAGGUUGUUGAAUUGGAAGCCCAAGCAGGUCACCGGAGCGGAUGGCUCUGGGCUGGAUCUGAAACCCACCGAGGACGAGACGGUGACGGACCGAAACACGAUCGUCUUUACCCUCGCAGUCGAAUGUUCCCGUAACCCUACGGCCGCACGGGACGAGACGGAUCCGGCGAAACUGUACAUCAACUCGUCCGUCUACUCUGGCCACCUCGCCUACCAACACCACGGUCGACAGUACCGACUUUUCAACCUGCCCAUACCUCCUCCUGCUACCGCGGACGAGAAUCCGAUCGUCGACCCGGAUCAUGAGAUGAAGGGAGACAGCUGGAGUGAACCACCAAAGGUUUCGGUGGAUGACGUGUUGUUGGUCAAGAUGCGACCGGGGCAGCAGUUGAACAUGUUGUUGUACGCCGUCAAGGGAGUUGGGAAGGAUCACGCCAAGUUUUCACCGGUCGCCACGGCAUCUUACCGCCUCUUGCCGCACAUCGACAUUCUCUCCCCCAUCCCUCCUGAACACGCGGCCAAGUUCCAAGCAUGCUUCCCUCCCGGUGUGGUCGACCUCGAGUACGACGACGAGACGGGUGAACAGACCAAGGUUGUCGUCAAGAACCCUCGAUUGGAUACGGUCAGCCGAGAGGUGUUGAGGUACCCCGAGUUUAGGGAUCGGGUCAAGUUGGGCAGGGUCAGGGAUCAUUUCAUCUACUCGAUCGAAUCGACAGGCGCCUACAAGCCCCAAGAACUCCUUCCCGAAGCCAUCAAGAUCAUGCUCGACAAGCUCGACUCGGUGGAACACUGCAUGCGGGUCAAGUUCCCGGGCUUGGUACCCGCUAGCAAGGAGAUGCAGGUGGACCCGGAAGAGGCGUUUGCGAACGAGGGGAGGGUGCCCAAGGGGCGCGGUGCGGGGAGGAAGGCUAGGAAGUAG